UUAUUGACAGAGGUCACAAUGUUGGACAACGUAAAUGAUCAUUAUAGAUAAUAAAAUGUAUAUAAAUUGAUAGGUUUACCGUUAUCAUAAGAAUGCAUGUGACAUCCUGCAUUGUUUGUUGUUGUGUCUGGGUAGAUAAAAGAAAAUUUCAGACUGACCAAGAUGAAGCUUGUUUUGUUAAGCUUCUUUCUGGAAGCUGUCAUUGUGUCUGGGAUUUACGUGGACUAUGGAAAUCCGUACAAGCAGGGUCUUCUAAGGGUCGGACAACUCACACUCAGCGAGACGGGAGACGGUAGUCCACUGCAUACUGUUGCGUUUUUCCCCCUGGAGGUCGGUGACUAUCCGGUGGUUUACUUUCUGGGCGGCCUAAACACCUACGUGUUGGCGGAGUAUUACUCCACAGUCCUGACUUCUAUUGCGUCACACGGCUUCUUCGUGUUUGGAGUGGAUUACCAGUUUCCUGUAUAUGAUGAUAGAUACAUACCCCAGAAACUAAAUUACGGGAAGCAGGAUAUUGAUAAAUUUUUCAGGCAGUUGACAUGGCUGGAGACGCAUUUCAGAAAUAAAACACUUUCCACACCGAAGUUCAACUUAACAGGGUUGCUUUGUCAUUCGUCAGGAUGUGACGUCAGCAUGAAGAUGAUCAAAGAAAAAAGCGCAUUAUUCACAUCCACCAUUUUCCUGGAGCCCUUUACUACGGAAGUGGAAACCCCAAUCAAGAACGGCCUACCCGCCCUGAUGUACGGAACCCAGCUCUCGGAGGAGGGUGUUAAAUGCGCCAUACCUGGAUUUGAUUACAACAAGCUGUACGAUAUCUGGUCAUGUCCACGUGUGGUAAUGAAUGUGGCGAAUUUUGGUCAUUGUGAUAUUCUGGACCCAGUACCUUGGAAGCUAUGUCACACCACUCACUUCUGUAAGACGACAAACGAGACAUUCUUACCGGAGUAUCGUCAGUUCGUACAAGGAGUGACGUCAGCAUUCUUUGUGUACACCCUACAGGGUCUAAAGAAAGACGUGUCUUACGUAACAGCCCAAAAUCUCAUUCCAUUAAAACUGCUUGAACUAAAAUCCGAGAUUACAUGUUGAAAUAAGGAAAGGAUAGCAUACAUGUAA